AUGUCUCUUGUCGAGAAUUCUCUCUCUCUGGUACCGGAACCCAAACGGCGGAAGAUAGCUCCGAUAAAAAUCAGAAUCAAACUCUCUCCUCCGUCUUCUUCCAAGUGCGACCACUGGUUCGUCCACCACGGAAUCUGCAUCUCCUGCAACGCGACGAUUGACAAAACCGAAGGCAGAUCUCUCGACCACAUCGACAAAGGGAUACAGAUGAGCCAAAAAGGUUUAACCUUUACGAAGCGAGCCAUCUCGCAAAUCUCUUGGCUCGAGAAGAAGAAGCUCCACUUAGUCCUUGACUUGGACCACACGCUUCUCCACACAGUCCCGACGUCACGGCUUUGUGAGUCGGAUAAGUAUCUAAUCGAGGAAGCGGGGUCAAGAUCAGAUCUUUGGAGGUUCGACAAACCGUUUCCGAGUGAAAACUUGAUAAAGUUAAGACCUUUCGUGCACGAGUUCUUGAAAGAAGCGAGCGAGAUGUUCUCUAUGUAUGUUUACACAAAGGGUGGUUACGAUUACGCUAAGCUCGUGUUGGAGCUGAUUGAUCCGGAGAAGGUUUACUUUGGAGAUAGGGUUAUAACCAACAGAGAGAGUCCUGGAAAGAAGACGCUUGAUCUUGUGAUGGCUGAUGAGCGUGGGACUGUGAUUGUCGAUGAUAAGCGUAGCGUUUGGCCUGAUCACAAGAGUAACUUGCUGCAGAUCGCAAAGUACUUUUAUUUCAGAAGCAACGAAGACGUUGUGAAGUCGAAAAGAACGUUCUUGUAUGAUGUUGAGGGGAAGAAGGGAGAUGAGAGUGAUGUGAAUGGACCAUUGGCGAGUGUUUUGAGAAUUCUCAAGGAAGUUCACAAAGGGUUUUUCAGUGGAAAGAUUGAAGAGAAGUUGGAUUCAGUGGAUGUGAGACCUUUGCUACUAGCGCCCUCCUUGAGAUCAAAGCGUAAAGCUCAGGUUUUGGUUUGA